AUGGCAAACAAUACUCUAGUUUCUGAGUUUAUUAUUUUAGGCUUGUCCAUUCAUCCAGAAUUGGAAACACUACUUUUCAUUGUUUUCCUCAUUAUUUAUAUGGUUGCUCUGACUGGUAAUUUGAUCAUCUUUUUGCUCUCCAUUAUUGACCCUGGUCUAAACACACCUAUGUAUUUCUUCUUAGGAUUUUUGUCAUUUCUUGACAUUUGUUGUACAUCAGCUACAGUUCCUAAGAUGCUAACAGGCUAUGUGACAAAAUCUAAGGUGAUUUCAUAUUAUGGGUGUGUCGCCCAAUUAUUCUUCUUCACUUGGCCAAUGGGAAUUGAACUUUUGCUACUCACAGUUAUGGCUUAUGAUCGAUAUAUUGCUAUUGGCAGUCCAUUGCGUUAUGUGACUAUCAUGAAUCGUAAAGUCUGCAUUCAUAUAGCAAUCACUAUUACAAUUGUUGGUUCUCUGAAUUCAAUGACACACACAUAUUGCACAUUUCGUCUCCCAUACUGUGAUGAUAAUAAGAUUAAUCACUUUUUCUGUGAGAUAAUGCCUUUACUGAAACUUGCCUGUGGAGACACCUACAUAAAUGAGAUUGUGGUAUUUACUGCUGAUUUUAUCCUUGGGAUUUGCUGUUUUUGUCUAACCUGUAUUUCUUAUGUCUUUAUUAUAAACACAAUUCUAAAGAUACGUUCUGCUGAAGGAAAGCGAAAAGCUUUCUCUACUUGUGCCUCACACAUAACAAUUGUAUCCAUUUAUUAUGGGGCUGUUAUUUUUACCUAUAUCCGCCCCCGGUCUAGUCUUUCUUUAGAGAAAGAUAAAAUAGUCUCUGCUUUGUAUGCUGUAAUAACACCAACUCUAAACCCUAUAAUAUAUAGUCUAAGAAAUAAAGAGGUGAAAGAGGCAUUUAAGAGGACUAUUAAAAGACUGGGGAAGUAUAAGGAUCAUGAUAAUACAUAG